UCGCCGGGAGGGAGGAGACGUGCUUUCAGUCAAUAUUUGCAAGCAUCCCCCGUUAUAAUUUUAUCUGUCGUAGUGCUGGAAUAACGUUAAACGUUAAAUAGACGAUUUCUUUGGUACUUCUCGUUACACUUAACGGGUUUUUUUGGCGGUGUGCCGCAACGCUGUAAACGCUGAGUUUAGGAUUUGUCACCUGGUUGCAGCGGCUGACUUACUUGUGUCUUGAGGAGAGAGUGGAGCCGCUCGGCUGUAGGCAAAAGAAAACCGGCAGCUGCUAACAAGUGUUAGCAAGUCAGCCAGUUAGCUUGCUACUUAGCCAGCUCUCCCUGCUGUCACAGUAAGUCCCACCCUCACCAAAGUACGUGGACGUCGUAAAGAGGCUGCAGUGGUGAAGUCGAGUGCUUUUUUACCCUCAACUUAGCCAGCAUCGCUCUUCAGCUGGCUGGUGAGCUAAAGCGGUUUACUAAACGUUAGCUAGGUGAAGCUAGCGUACAAAUAGUUGGCUUUACGUUGGACAAGUGUCUUCUGUGGAGGGAUACGGUCGCUACACUGGCAAAGAGACUGGCUAAAAAGAAGAGGCGAAAUAAGAGAGAACAAGGAAGACGCCGAGAAGGAGGGGACUGGCUAGUUUAGCCGGGGAGACAGAAUCGCACAUAGAUAGCAAACGCCGCCACCGAGCCACACACAGCCAUGAGUAUUGAGAUACCGGUGGGGUUGACAGAACUGCUGCAAGGCUACACUGUGGAGGUGCUGCGACAAAGGCCGUCAGACCUGGUGGAUUUUGCAGUACAGUACUUCACCCGUUUGCGGGACACCAGAAGCCAAGAUGGGGCCAGUGCUGGUGGCAAGACGGGGAAAGGAGUGAUGUUUGAUGGGGAGCCGAUGCAAACAGAGUCCAAUGGAGAAGAUGAUGACGACGACGAUUCUGACUUUGAGCCUCCACCACCCAGCAGAUUCAACAGGAGAGUGUCAGUGUGUGCGGAGGCGUUCAACCCAGACGAAGACGACGAUGACACGGAGCCCAGAGUGGUUCACCCGAAAACAGACGAACAGCGCUGCAGACUGCAGGAGGCCUGCCGAGACAUCCUAAUCUUCAAAACACUAGAACAUGAGCAGUUCUCAGAGGUGCUGGACGCCAUGUUUGAGUUACGGGUUCAGCCCCAGGAGCACGUCAUCGACCAGGGAGAUGAUGGAGACAACUUCUACGUCAUAGAGAGGGGUGUGUUUGACAUAUUGGUAGCGGGAAAAUGCGUGGGUCAGUAUAACAAUAAGGGCAGCUUCGGGGAGCUGGCACUCAUGUACAACACGCCACGUGCUGCCACCAUCAGCGCCACCCAGGACGGGGCACUAUGGGGACUGGAUCGUGCCACAUUUCGUAGACUCAUUGUGAAGGCCAAUGCCAAGAAGAGGAGGAUGUACGAGGCUUUCAUCGAGUCUGUGCCCUUACUCAAAUCGCUGGAGGCAACAGAGAGGAUGAAGAUAGUGGAUGUAUUAGGAGCCAAGCAGUUCCCAGACGGUGAGCGCAUCAUUGUACAGGGAGACAAGGCUGACUGCUUCUACAUCGUAGAAUCUGGGGAGGUCAAGAUCAUGAUGAAGAGUAAAACAAAGGCGGACCAUGCAGACAACGCGGAGGUGGAGAUAACACGCUGUAGCAGGGGUCAGUACUUUGGGGAGCUGGCCUUGGUCACUAACAAGCCCCGGGCCGCCUCCGCCUACGCAGUGGGCGUUGUCAAGUGUUUGGUAAUAGAUGUGCAGGCGUUUGAGCGCCUCCUGGGCUCCUGUAAGGAGAUCAUGAAGAGGAACAUCUCCCACUAUGAGGAGCAGCUGGUGGCUCUAUUCGGAUCCAGCAUGGACCUGAGAGACUGAGCCUCCCACACCACCCUCCGUGCCUUCUAUUACACACACAAACACACAAACACGUGCGCACACACACAGACAAACAGACAUAUGUCCUCUCUAACAUCAUGCAGUGGUUAUACAGACUCAUAAUAAGCUUCACACAAACCGUGCAAACAGGUGGGAAAUUGUACUUGGCUCACCUGCAGGUACAUAACCCCUCUUACAGUAUAUCACUUGCUCACAGACAUACAUGAACACACACACUCACACACACACACACACACACACACACACACACACACACACACACACUUACACCUAUGUAGGCACUGAGAGACGCCCACUAUUCUUAGUCUGAUCACCCUUGUGCACAUACUAGCUCAACACACUCCUUGAUAAGCUCACUUAGUUAAUACACACACACACACAGACACACACACAGACACAGACAGAGUUAGCUAAAGGCUACACACCUUGUUGCUUGAGCCAGCGUCAACCUCUCAGUAUGAAUGUCUUUGCUGCAGUGACCUUGGUAUAGGACCAGCAGUGUAAGGACAUAAAACACACACACAAACACAUAUGCGCACACUCCAUAAAUGUUUAAAAAAAGAAAACCCACACACCUCAUGCUUCAUAUGUGCAGGCUUUGCAUUCUCGUGAGCACUUAGACAACUCAAAGUUGUUCCAACAAGCCUCAGCCAAGGACACAUCAACACACACACACACAUACACCCCCACACACACACCCACAUACACACAUAUACACAUACCAGAACACACACACACACACACACACAGGGGUACAGAUACAAAUACUCAAAAACACAUAGACCACCACAUUUGCAAAAACGGACACAUUGUGGUAAAAUGGAGACGACAAACUUUAAAAAUCUCUGAAAAGGAAAA